UUACUUGACAACUGCAAAGUCACACUGUAAUGCAAGAUUGAUCAACUCAACUAAACAGUGGAACGGGGAAAACGUUAAACUAUUUUGAUUAUUUCAAGUGUUUCGUCGUUAGCUUUUCAAAACCAUGGAGCUAGCAAUGGAUCCUGCACCACACGCAUCUUUGGGGAACCCUCAGCAGCGAUAUUUCAGCCCAUACUCCAUGAACGGAGGGACUGUCUUGGCCGUUUCUGGUGAUGAUUUUGCUGUCAUCGCUUCCGACACAAGAUUGAGCGAAGGAUUCUCCAUUCACAGUAGAGAUCUCCCUAAAACCUAUAAUUUAACUGACUCCACUGUUUUAGCAAGUUGUGGUUUUCAUGGAGAUGUGCUUACAUUGUCUAAAGUUCUGGAGGCCAGACUUAAGAUGUAUGAGCAUGACAACCACAAGAAGAUGAGCUGUAAGGCCAUAGCCUCUAUGCUGUCAUCCAUCCUAUACUAUAGACGCUUCUUCCCUUACUACACUUACAAUGUCCUGGCCGGUCUGGACGAGGAAGGUAAAGGUUGUGUGUACAGCUUUGAUCCUGUUGGUUCAUACGAGAGAGAAGUGUACAGGGCUGCUGGGUCAUCCAGCUCACUCCUACAGCCCUUGCUAGACAAUCAGAUUGGAGGCAAGAAUCAAGAAGGUUACGAAGCUCCUCCCCUCACCAUCGAGAAGGCUGUUGCCUUAGUGAAGGAUGUUUUCAUCUCGGCCGCUGAGCGAGACAUCUAUACAGGAGACGGUAUCAUCGUGAAUGUGAUCACCAAGGAUGGCGUGAGGGAAGAGCGCUUCCCACUCAGACGAGAUUAACACUAAAAAGAGAUUGUCUGUCUUUUGGAGAUUGUUUUGUGAUAUGUUCUUGCAAAAGUAGAGGGAAAAGAAACGCAGUACUCUGGGAAAGUACGGAGUACACUGUGCUUUUUUACACACAUUGGUGUAAGGGUAAAACCACAUAAUAUUUGUUAUCUAAUGGAACCUGUUAUAUCUCAUUGACACUAUUCAGCCCCAAAACAACCAAUCUAAUAGCCCAUUAGAUAUGACGUAGAGUCCAAACAGUGCCCUCACUGGGGUCAAUGUUUUGUCCUCCAAUUUUGCAAGAGCACAUCACAUU